AAAGGAAUAAGAGCUUGUGAAGGGAGGAAGAGAGGGGGGAAAAAGCACCAAAAAAGGAGCAAGAAUUCAGCUCCUUCUGAAACAAAAUCUAGUUCUUCUUCUUCCUCUCUCUCUCUCUCUCUCUCUCUCUCUCUCUCUCUCUCUCUCUCUCUCUCUCUCUCUCUCUCUUGUGUUUUUCUUAUCCUUUUUGAUCUCUACUUCUUUUGUUGUAUAUGAUAUAGUUGUUUCCAUGGCUUUCCCAUACACAAACCCUUCUAAACUAGAGCAAGAGUUUGGAGAAGAUCAAGAAGAGAUCAACAACAGAAACAACAGCAGCAGCAACAUGGGAAGGGGGAAGAUCGAGAUCAAGAGGAUCGAGAACACGACGAAUCGCCAAGUGACGUUCUGCAAGCGCAGGAAUGGGCUGCUGAAGAAAGCCUACGAGCUCUCUGUGCUUUGUGAUGCUGAGGUUGCCCUCAUUGUCUUCUCCAGCCGUGGCCGCCUCUAUGAGUACUCCAACAACAAUAGCAUCAAGUCGACAAUAGAGAGGUACAAGAAGGCAAACUCAGACAGUACCCACACUGCCUCCGUAACUGAAAUUAACGCUCAGUAUUACCAGCAGGAGUCAGCAAAGCUGCGCCAACAAAUUCAGGUGCUCCAGAAUUCCAAUAGCAUGCUUUGCAGGCACCUCAUGGGGGAAUCCUUGGGCUCACUGUCUGUGAAGGAGCUGAAGCAACUCGAGAACCGGCUCGACCGUGGCAUCAACCGAAUCAGGUCCAAGAAGCAUGAGCUGCUUCUAGCUGAAAUUGAGUAUCUGCAGAAGAGGGAGAUUGAGCUGGAGAAUGAAAGUGUUUGUCUUCGUACCAAGAUAGCGGAGGUGGAGAGGGUUCAUGAAGCAAACAUGGUGAGCGGAGCCGAGAUGAAUGCAAUCCACGCGCUGGCGGCUUCUCGCAACUUCUUCGCUCCACAGAUGAUGGAUCCUCCGCCGCAGCAGCAGCCACAGGACCUUUUCGCUUCCUCUGGCGCCGGCAGCAGCAGCCACCACGGCCACCACCACCACCACGACGAGCCUCCAACUCCGGCAGACAAGGAUUCCGACCACGGCCACCUCCACCUUGGCUGAUAAUGCAUGCAUUGCAUGGAAAUGAUUAUUAAUAUAUAAGUCUGUGGUAAUGUGGAAGAGAUUCAAACAAUAAGUGAGCUACGUAGAUUGUGGUGUGUGUUUGUGUUAAUGAAUGAAUACCCUAAGUGGUUAAUUUGAUGAUGACUACUUUAAUAGUGUUUUAAUUUGUUGUUUGAAGAGGGCUUGUUAUGGUGACACGGUUCAUUAACAUUAUGCGUGUUUUAAGUCGUGUACACUACAAGAAACAU